CCGACCCCAAUUCAAAGCCUUCUAGAUUCGUAAUGACCUCCGCGGGAGGUCCAUCGCUAAAGCGUCGCCGCUCGAACACAUCGCCGGUCCACGAAGAGGUACCGUCUGGGCCUUUGAGUGGACCAUCGACUAUACGAUGGCGUCAGCAACGCCUGCUUUCCAUUAGACGCGAGCGAGCGCAGGACGGAGAGGGAGAGAGUGCUACGCUAAGUGUUGACUCGCCGCGCAACAAUUAUGGUACCAUGCCGGCCAUUCCCCGUCGAAAUAAGUCGAAGCUCAACCUUCGACACGGGCUCUCUUCUCUCCAGGGCCUUGUCAUUCCCAAAGCCAUCUCUAAUCCAGCUUCCUCCGCUGAAUCAUCUCCUACAUCCUUUGUUGAACACUUGUCUUACUUGCGCGAACGACCCAUAUCUGCGUACGACAGGUCCAAUUAUGCGGGCACUCCCGAGGCAGGAAGCACGGAGAGCGACGUGAAGACGAACGGCAUACGCGUCUGGUACUCGUCCUUCACCUCUAUUGACUGGCUGCACGAUGUUAUCAAAGACUCAGCACGUCAAGCGCGCCUGCGACGUCGAACGUCUCUUCGAAGUAAAGCUCAGCGGUCCGUUGACCGAACCGUGGGAUGGUUCGUGGUCUCCAUCAUCGGUUUUCUCACAGCCGUUAUCGCAUUCUUGAUUACACGAAGUGAACAAUGGCUCUUCGACUUCAAGGAAGGAUACUGCCGCCCUGCCUGGUUCAAGUCUAAGCGUUUCUGCUGCCCCAUUACCGACGACGUGACGCUUAGUUUCACACCUGCUUCUGCGUUUUCUGGUGCCGAAGGGGAUGGCUGUUCCAACUGGCGAACCUGGUAUAGUAUCCUUGGUCCUGUUGUUGAUGGCAAUCCUUGGUUAUCGUUCGAGUCGGAGAUGGUUGAAUACAUCGCGUAUGUUGCGGUCGCCCUUACUUGGGCUAUCAUCUCUUGUUUGCUAACCAUAUAUCUAACCGCCUCCACGUCGUUCGUUACUCGCAAAGAUUCAAGCAUAUUGGCACCUCCCAUCGCGCCGGUAGAAGACGCCAAGGCUGUGGAACCGGCUUUGGUCGACCCUAAGCGAAAGGUUCUAUACUUCGCCGCUGGUAGUGGCAUUCCCGAGAUCAAGACCAUCUUGUCAGGUUUCGUCAUCCACGGCUACCUCGGCGGUAGGACAUUGUUCACAAAAUCUGUCGGACUCGCGCUAUCCGUAGCGUCCGGUUUGUCUCUCGGGAAGGAAGGUCCCUUCGUACACAUUGCUUCUUGUGUAGGAAAUAUUGUCAGCAGAUUUUUCGAAAAAUACGAGAGUAAUGAGGCGAAGCGCCGUGAAGUUCUCAGUGCUGCUUGUGCUGCCGGCGUCGCUGUUGCUUUCGGAGCUCCUAUCGGAGGUGUACUAUUUAGCUUAGAAGAAGUGUCGUACUUCUUCCCCGCGGAAGUUAUGUGGAGAAGUUUCUUCUGUGCCAUGGUCGCCGCGAUGACGCUCAAGUUCCUCGAUCCCUUCGGAAGUGGUAAACUUGUGCUCUUCCAGGUUACCUACGAUAAGGACUGGCAUGCGUAUGAGCUCAUUCCUUUUCUCUUUCUUAGCGUCUUCGGUGGCGUCUGGGGUGCCUGGUUCUCUAAAUUGAACAUCCGUUGGGCCAAACAUGUCCGUAAUGGCACUUGGUUGAAGUGGCACCCUGUUUUUGAGGUCGUUCUGGUCACUCUAGCAACAAGCCUACUCUGUUUCGUCAACCCAUAUACCCGCAUGAGCGGCACAGAGCUCGUCUACAACCUUUUUGCUGAGUGCAAGACUGGCAGCCCGAACACGCACCAGGGUCUCUGCGUGUUGAAUCCGCCUGAGCAGGCCCUGCCCCUAAUCACAGCCAUCGGCGUCGCCAUGGUCAUCAAAGGUGCUCUGACCAUCGUAACUUUCGGCAUCAAGCUGCCUGCCGGUAUCUUCAUCCCGAGUCUUGGUGUCGGCGCCUGUGCAGGGCGCAUCGUCGGCAUUCUCGUACAGUGGGCACAUUUCAGGUACCCUGGCAGUCCCAUCUUUGCAGCCUGCAAUGGAAAUUUGAACUGCGUAGUUCCGGGCCUGUAUGCCAUGGUUGGUGCAGCGGCUAGCUUGUCCGGUGUCACGCGUACCACCGUAUCCCUCGCAGUCAUCAUGUUCGAGCUCACGGACACCCUGACAUACGUGGUCCCUGUGAUGCUUGCAGUGUUGGUGGCGAAGAGUGUCGCAGACGCACUCGAGCCGAAAGGUAUCUACGACCUGGUUAUCGAGCUCGCGAACCUUCCCUACCUCGAUCCUAAACGCGAGUACAGCUGGGCGGGCCACCAGAUCAGUGACGUGACGGACCGUGACGCUGCUAUCAUCCGCGUAAACCAGGAGAAUAAUGUGAAGAGCCUGUGUGGCAAACUCCAAACUCUCGUCCUUUCCGGCCGCCACGACAGCGGUUUUCCGAUCGUGCGGAAAGACGAUAGCGGCUCGCGCAUGGUGGGCUACAUCGGAGUAAACGAGCUCGAGCACGCCCUGAGUAUUGUCGCCGAUCACCCAAACAGAGUCAUCGUGUUUCACUCAACAACAUCAUACGAACACCCCGGCACCAUGGCGUCAUCGUUCUCAUCCACUGCUGGAGACACGAGCCCUAUGCUGGGCAGUGCCGAUCCGUUCGAUCUUAGCUACUACAUGGACCAAGCUCCAUUGACUGUCCAGUCAAAUUCACCCCUGGAGCUUGUGCAACAACUAUUCACGAAGCUCGGUGCACGAUACAUCGUGGUAACUGACACAAAUGGAUACUACGAGGGUGUCAUCGACAAGAAAGUCUGGCUAGCGUUCCUUGAAGAGGUGGAACAGACGUAGCCUCGUUUCAGCCAUUUCAUCCCGUCUGACAUC